AUGAAUGGAAAGAUAAUUGAAAUCAGAGGGCCCUUCCACGAAUGGAAUCCACCUCACACUGUCUUUUGUGCGUGGCAAUUGCGGGUCCGAUACCGUGUUGAUAAGCGAGAGAUUUGGUUAGCAACGCACUGUCAUCCCGCCAAAAAAGGAUGGGUCGGGGCCUUCUUCACUGGGGUAUGGAUACCCGUAGAGGUUGGGACUCGGGAGGGAGCGCGGGUGCUUCACCUCGCCUGA